UCGAUAGUAUCCCAUCUCUAGUCAUUUCGACUUUCGACAACGUCAACCUUUCGUGUGCGCUGAUUUCAAUUAUUUCAUUUUCAAUUCUUGGAUCGUUCGAAAGUCAAAUUUCAGCAAUUGCAUUUUUUAUAAAUCUAGAACUACUAAAGAAUAUUAAUAUACAACUUAUAAUGGCUGCCGAAGGUGAAGUAAAAUUGUACUCACGCGAGGAAAUUUCGAAACACAACACAAAUAAAAACACCUGGCUGAUUAUCCACAAUAACGUGUACGAUGUAUCAGCGUUUUUAAAUGAGCACCCCGGUGGCGAAGAAGUUCUGAUCGAACAAGCCGGCAAGGAAGCUACAGAGAAUUUCGAAGAUGUCGGUCACAGCUCUGAUGCGCGUGAAAUGAUGAAGAAAUACAAAAUUGGUGAACUUGUUGAAGCUGAACGGACAAAUGUGCCUCAAAAAUCCGAACCCUCAUGGAAUGCCGAUCAAAAAACUGAAGAUUCAUCUAUGCGGUCAUGGUUGGUGCCAUUGGUGCUUGGCUUAGUGGCUACACUUUUAUACAGAUAUUUCUUUAAACAGUAAACUAAAGAGAAAAAGCGGGACAAUUUUUUCACGAUGGUUUUCCUACGUUAUUGUUGCUUUGUAAAGUUUAUUUAUAAAAAAAAACCAUUCCCAAAUAAUUAAGUUAAAGGAUGUAUCUGCAUUUAUAAUGUGCACAAAACAGUACCAAACAACAUAUAUAAGUAAUUUCUAAUAUUUUGCAUACAAAUCAAAAAUAUGAAGCUAAAAAUGGUUGCUGCUUGCUUAAUAGUUACAUUUUACUCUAUGUAAUUUUUUAAAGUAAAAGAGUGAACAAAAAAAAAAACGAAUACAUAUGUUUACAAUGUAUUGAUGAGGAAACUAUACAAAUAAAUAUGUAUAAGUACUUGGGUAA